AUGAAAUCCUUAAAUUUUGAUAUCGAAAUCUUUACCGAUGCUUCUCGUAGUGGUUGGGGCGCUUACGCGAACAAUAUUCGAGCCAAUGGGAAAUGGAAGUUACGUGAACAAAACUUCCAUAUUAAUUACUUGGAGUUACUUGCAGCAUUUUUCGGAGUAAAAUGCUUUGCCAAUGACAAGUCUAAUUGUACCAUAUUAUUACGCAUUGACAAUACCACAGCAAUUAGUUACAUAAAUCGCAUGGGAGGAAUUCAGUAUCCUCAUUUAAAUAGUCUCACAAAAACAAUUUGGCAAUGGUGCGAAGGAAAGAAGAUUUGGCUACAUGCAUCUUAUAUUAACACAAAAGAUAAUGUCGAAGCAGAUCAAGAAUCUCGUAGAAUCAAUCCAGACACUGAAUGGGAACUCACUCUAUCAGGCUUUCAAAAAGUUACACGUAAGUUAGGUAAACCGGAUAUUGAUCUCUUCGCCACUCGCACCAAUGCCAAAUGUGAGCUAUAUGUCUCAUGGAAACGCGACCCCGAAGCAUUCGCUAUAGAUUCAUUUACUCUCAAUUGGAAUGACCCUACGUCAUCCUAUCCUGGCAGCAGCAACGCUCUCAGGGUCGCGUUCACGAAAAGAGGAUCACCAGCAUUAGCGUUAAACUUAAUAUUGGCAUCUGUUUCUAGAAAUACUUUGCGUCAAUACGAAAUUACAUAUAAAUUGUGGUGGAAGUUUUGUGAAAUGAAUAAUUUUGAACCCUAUUGUACGUCUGUAACAACAGUUUUACUGUUCCUAACUGAACAAUUUAAUAAAAAUGCAUCAUAUGGAUCGCUAAAUAGUCAUAGGUCGGCGUUAUCACUUCUUUUAGGUGAUAAUAUUGGUUCUCAAGAAUCUAUAAAGCGGCUCCUUAAAGGAGCAUAUAAAUUACGACCUACAGUUCCCAAAUACUGUCACACGUGGGAUCCACAAAUAGUUUUAAAUUUUAUAACAGACUGGUUUCCUAAUAAUACUCUUAGCAUAGAAAAAUUAACUAAAAAGUUAGUAAUAUUGUUAGCCCUAUGUACAGCUCACAGAGUACAAACCUUUUCUUUGAUUAAAAUAGAUAACAUCAAAAUAAGUCAAGAAGGUGUCAAAAUUAUAAUUUCUGAAAACAUAAAAACAUCAGCAGCAGGACGUGAGCAACCCGUUCUUUAUUUACCAUAUUUUAUAGAAAAUAUCAAUAUAUGUCCCGCUACAACGUUGGUAGAUUAUUUGACUAUGACAAAAAAUCUAAGAAGUGAGGGAUGUCAUAACCUGCUUCUGACAUUUAGAGUUCCACAUAGACCAGCAACAUCACAAACCAUCAGCCGCUGGAUCAAACAGAUCCUGGCUAGUAGCGGAAUAGACGUGUCAACAUUUAACGCACACAGCACGCGACACGCGUCCACAUCCGCCGCUAAGGCUGCAGGUGUCUCUGUGGAGACUAUCCGAAAGACAGCAGGCUGGUCUAGGUCGUCAACGACAUUUUCAAAGUUUUAUCAUCGCCAG